AUUUUGUUCAUUAGUUUUAUUGUUAACAAAGCUUGUUAGUUUCCAUAUGAUUCUGUUUUUUAGGUUUAAUAUUCCACUGUUAGAAUGUACUCCAUAGCAUUAGUACUGGUUUUAACAAUUUUAAAGAACGCUGGAAAUUCAGCAAACGCUUGCAGUUUACUUCCGGGUGGAGUGCCCAAAUGUUUCCCGGAUGCAGUCGACUAUGAAACGGAAGCCAGUGAUAGCAAAUUGAAAGAAAUCAAAUAUCGAUUGGACAAAAAACACAUUUUCGGAUAUGACACCAAUAAGGGAAGGAGAGAUGUCAGACUUGGAAAGUACUGGGAGAAGUCUAUCGGGAAGAAAUCAGAUGUUGUUCAGUGUGCGAAAGAUGUGAGUGAUAACGCAUAUCUACCUUCCUACAACACUUACAUGUACGAUUAUUACCGUGAUGCUGAUCGCCAGGUGAAGGGUGAAUCCCCUGUUACAACUCUAUUUCUCAUAACCAAAAAAGAAGUUUGGGAUUGUGAAAAUACUGAUAAGCAAAUAAAAUUCAAAAGAAUAGUGACAGAGAUGGUGAGUCGGGAGGCUCUUGGUUCCAUCUUUUUCUUUGAUGGCAUAGAAGUGACCACCAAUCCUCAAACUUUUCAGGAAAUAGAUAACAGACUUGACAUGACUAUUGCCAGAGAAGUCAAAUAUAUUGAUGCCGAAGAUGAUAAUAAGGUUGUACGUUAUGAUGGUCAUUUAAAGUUUGGGAAAACAUAUUGGACUAAUAAUCAUGAUUCAAGUGUAUUCAAACCAGUCGAUGGAGUAUAUGAAGAAGCAAUCAACGAACAAGAUUUUCAUCAAGACGUGUCAAAUCCGUUGAUCGAACAAAAGAAUUACUUCGAUUUCUCCAAUCCGCAAGGAACAGGUCUCGAGGAUUUACAUCGGCCUUAUGGUCAGAUUGGAUGCAGUCAAAACCAAGCGAGAUGCACGAUUCAGGAUGACGAUAAGAGGCUGUACAAACUGGACUACCUUCUGCCACACUGGGCAGAGAGGAAAUUUGGCAAAGGAGGUUAUAGGCAGCACAAAAUUCAUCCAUACGAAUUCACCGAUAACUUUAUCGUCACAAAACACGAAAUUUGGUCUUGCAUAAUGCUGCACAGUGGAGAGAAAUUUGAAAGGCAGGUAGUCGAAUACAUUGGAACAAAAUCUGUGAGAACUAUAGAUUGUUUCAAUGGGAAUAAAGUAUGGCAAUACAAUAUUGGAGAUAGACAGAGAGGUGUGGCGGUGAGAGCUAUUUUCUAUAACACUGAGGAGGAACAUUAUCAGCGAAAAAUCUACGCUGGUACCUUGAAGCUUGACGAAAUUGUGGAGGAGGAAAAACCAAAGAAGAAAAAGAGUUUCUGGAGAUUAAUUUGCAAUUUGUUCUCCAGUGAAGAAGAUAUGCCUGAAGAUCAGUACAAACUGAGAUUCGAUGAAAAUGAUGAUAGUUAUAUAUUUAAUAGACCGAGAUCAUGAGGCAUGAACAUUGUUCUUCAAAUCUAAUAAAUAUGGUAAAGUUAAUUUAUCAGUUUAGCACAUCAUACACUUAAUUUAAAAUGCUUUCUCUAGGAUUGGAUUAUCUCUUCAUACUUUAUAAUUUGUCAUUAUUACCUGACUUUGAAUAAACGAAUAAACAGAAAUAUAUUUGUUGAAAUAAAAUACGAUGCAAUGGU